CCGGGGGUGGACGGGCGGGCCGGGGCCGGUACUGCCCAUUGGCUGCCUUAGGCUCCCACCCCGCCUGCCUCCCCAGCCUGCGGCUCCCUGGCCAGCCCCUGCCUCUCCAGCUGCUUCCAAACUCCCGAGCAGAUACCUCCUGCUGGGCUGUGGUGAGCUGUGAUCUGAGGAUCAGAGUGGCCCGUGCCAUGGACAUGCCUGAGGUCCUCAAGUCCCUGCUGGAGCACUCUCUGCCUUGGCCCGAGAAGAGGACAGAUAAGGAAAAGGGGAAGGAAAAGCUGGAGGAGGAUGAGGCAGCAGCAGCCAGUACUAUGGCUGUCUCCGCCUCCCUCAUGCCACCCAUCUGGGACAAGACCAUCCCUUACGAUGGCGAGUCUUUCCACCUGGAGUACAUGGACCUGGACGAGUUUCUGCUGGAGAAUGGCAUCCCUGCCAGCCCCACCCAGCUGGCCCAGAACCUCCUGCUGCCUGUGGCUGAGCUAGAGGGGAAGGAGUCCGCCAGCUCUUCCACCGCCUCCCCACCAUCCUCCUCUGCGGCCGUCUUCCAGCCUUCCGAAACCGUAUCCAGCACAGAAUCCUCCCUAGAAAAGGAGAGGGAAACUCCCAGUCCCAUCGACCCCAACUGUGUAGAAGUGGAUGUGAACUUCAACCCUGACCCUGCCGACCUGGUCCUAUCCAGUGUGCCAGGUGGGGAGCUCUUCAACCCUCGGAAGCACAAGUUUGCAGAGGAGGACCUGAAGCCCCAGCCCAUGAUCAAAAAGGCCAAGAAGGUCUUUGUCCCUGAUGAGCAAAAGGAUGAAAAGUACUGGACAAGACGCAAGAAGAACAACGUGGCAGCGAAGCGGUCACGGGAUGCCCGGCGCCUGAAGGAGAACCAGAUCACCAUCCGGGCAGCCUUCCUGGAGAAGGAGAACACGGCCCUGAGGACGGAAGUGGCCGAGCUGCGCAAGGAAGUGGGCAAGUGCAAGACCAUCGUGUCCAAGUAUGAGACCAAGUAUGGGCCCUUGUAACCCGUGCCCCUGCCCAGGCGGGGCGCUCCCUGCCCCUCAGACCUCUGCCUGGGGGCUCCCAGAACCCCACACAUGCGUGGAGACUUAGGACUCGUCGUGGGUGCCGGCGGCGCCCGUGCUCCAGGUGUGUUCAUGUCCCAGCUUCAUUAUAACCUGGCCAGCGCACAAGGCGACUUCCUGGGGGCAGCCUCCCCUGCCAGGGAACACGAGAGAAUCUACACAGAGGGGGACACCCCAAGUUUCUGUUCCUGGAUGUCCUGGCUGCGUCAGAAGGGACCUCUGGAGCGCACGUCUCUCCUUCACGGGACGCUCAGGCGUCCCUGACUCCCCACGGUCUCCAGCCCAGGCUGCCGAGGCCAUCUCUGCAGAACGAGUUGUGAUCAUCGUCCCCCUUAUGUCUUCUCAGGUAGCAGGUGCAUUUCCACUUGGGGUGUGUCUGUCACACCUCCCCCUCCUCGGAAAGUCUGAGAGAAAUGUCAUUUCCAUCUCCUUGGAAGACACACCAGCCCCACUGUUAAGUACGUGCAGAGCAGGGCAGCAGGCCCGGGGCAGGGCCUCUGCAUGACCCAGAGUGGGGUCGGGGUCUGAGCCUACAGCAGAAAUCGCCACACGGUUCUCACCCCUGCACCCGCUCUGUCGUGUGCCUGACCUGUGGUUGGGAAGCCAGGGAGGAGGCCUAGGGAUGGGCUCCAUCUUGCCUGCUGUAGAGGGCCACUCCCAGGGUGCUGGUUCCUGGGCCUGUCGGCCUAUGCAGAGGGAGGCCUUUGUGUCUCCUCUCUCGGCCCAUCCUGAAGGCCACCUGAAUCUCUGUUGUCCCAUUACAGUGGCCUCUAGGCUGCCAUUUCCUUUCACCCAAUAACCAUUCUCUGAUCUUGGAUUUAAAAGGAAAACCUUCCUCACUGGGAAGCUUUAAUUUCCUGAACUCAGCGUGCAGCUUCCACAUGGUGUUUAGAAAACUGGCCGCCACGGCCUCCUCCGGUGUGGGCAUGAGCAUGGGGCCUGUUUCUUGAGAAGCUCCGUUGUUUUCUUGCUCUGCUCACCAGUGUGGCCCAGGCCAGAGUCCACCCUCCCAGAGAGCAGAAGAGGUUCCCCCUUGUUCUUGAUCAGAUUCCUCCUGUCUGACACCCAGAGGUGUCUGCAGGACAGGACCCCUGGGGUGGAGCCGCUGAGGUGAUUGUGCAGCUCUCGUGGAGGAGCAGGUUCUGGGACAUCCUCACAGGCUGGACUCCCCUCAGCCUUGGCCUGGAGUCGGGGGCCAUCCACUCGGACCUGGCCAUGUGCGGACUGAGAUAUGGAUCUAAGACUUCUCCACCCCAUGGCUACCCUCUCUGUGCAGCUGGAUCAUCUUUCUGCUCUGCCCAGACAGUGACUUCAGUGACUUCAGGAGUCGUGGAACCCUGUGCUCUUUUGGGUUAGCUGGGGCACUCGUGAUAGCUGCGUUAUUUGCUCAGGGCGGGCAGCCUGUGUGAAGCGGAGACAGAGGUGGUGACAGGUGCGCUUUGUCAUACUUAACACUGGCUUUAUUUAAGGUGGUGGCUCAGAGCCCGGGGGCCCAAAUCUGAAGACUCCUAACAGAUGUUAAGAUUAGAGGCAGUGUCUCUAGCCCUGGACUGCACCCCGGGGAGCCAUGGCCCCUGGGACCUGCACACUCACCUCUUGGGGGCCUUGACGAGGGUCCCUGAGGCUAAGGGAGGCCUCCCUCUCCUAUUAGGCACCUGACUUUUACUUCCUGGUUCUCUAGAAACCAUGUGCACACUUUCCACUCUGUGGUGACGACACGGGGCCAUUGCAUCCAGCAUGUCAGUGUCCUGCCCGGGCCACUCGCACGCCCGCCCGGCGUUCAUCCUCUGGCCUGGCCGCUCACCCAGAGGGAGUUCUCAUUCUGUUAUUGGUGGACAAGCCUUGAGCUGGAAAGCUCUUUAUUUUUUUGGCUCGAAAAUGUUUGUGUUUUUCCAGUUUUACGUUUUUUAAGGAUGGACACCUACUCUGUUCCAGCCCCAGUGAGUGGGACGGGGGCUUGCCGCCUCUGCCUGUGCGGCUCCCCACCUCCUCCCGGGAGCACGGGGUCUGGUUCCUUCCCAAAGUGUUUGCUUGGAAAGAGCGUAGCUGCUGGGCUCCCCAGAGAGUCCCCAGAGUCAGUAGCCUGGCAGGGACAGGAAGGAGCGUGACCACAGGUUGACAUUCUGGGUCCCUUCCCCUGAGCUAGGCCUUGCGAAAGACUUGGUGUCUGCUCAGUGUCCUGGGGACAGGGCUGACAGCCAAAGACAGAGGCUCCUGUGUACAGGUCUUUGACAUCUUCUAAAGCACGCGGGUAUGGAGAAGCUGCUCACACCAGCCCUCGGUGGGCUGGCCUGGGGCCGGGGAGAGCUGUCCACACCUUGUCCGUGUGCAGUUUUGUGGCAGCCUUGUUGCAGCCUUGAAACAGACAAAUCAUGAAUGAGCUGAAGCAUUGCAAGAAUGUACAUACAAGAAAUGUCUAUCGAGAUACAGAAAUCAUCAUGUCUAGAGAGCCAGCAGCCUGCAGAGGACCAGGGUAAUCCUGCCCUGGCCAAAGGAAGAGCUCUGCCACCUGACUCGCGAGGCCGGGGAAGGGUGGCAGGUGGGUGGCAGGCAUGGGCAGGCUCCUCUGUGCCAGCUGGGCGGCUCUCCACGCAGCCCCUGACACACAGGGCCACGGAGCUUCCCGUUUUCAUGGCAAAGCUCCACCCUAGCUCCUUUAACAUCUGUUCAUAAGUGCAAUAAAUUUUUCUAGAAAAUGGUGAAGAUGACUCCAGGUGGAGAUUGCUAUCUUUUGGUGUUGGGGAUGCCAGAACACCACUUGGUUUUAUUUUUCUAAGUGCAUGUGACAAGAGUGUAUGGGGCUCUGCGUCCUCCCCUGGGAGCUGGCACCCCAGCGGGCCCCUCCCCUGUGCCAUGCAUGUUGGGGGAAGGAGGAAGGAGAAGAUCCCUUCUCAGUUGGAGAGGGCACAAGCAGACUCAGCCCAUUGGCCUUAUGUGCGUGCGUGCGUGUGUGUGUGCGUGCGCGUGUGAGUGUGUCACUGCUGGUGGGCCGGAGUGAUGUGGUGGGGAGGGAAGCCGGGAAUGUAUCCUUUUCAAAAUUAAAUAUUUUGAGAUGAGAA